GCGACAGCAGAGCGUGGUCCCGUGAAGGGAUGGCUGCAGUGUGAAUUCAGCGGACGCUUUUGAAACACUCUGCGUGUGAAAUCAUGUUUUUUACAUCAUUUCUGAUUUUAUUUGCUGUUUUAAGCGUCAGUUUUUGUGAUGACGGACACGAGAUGGAAGAGUUUUUAAAGAGAGAAUAUUCACUGUCAAAGCCGUACCAGAGUAUUGGUGUCUCAGGUUCGUCUCACUGGGAGCUGAUGGGAGAUGCUGUGGUCACCACUGAUCACGUGCGUCUCACUUCAGACCAACAGAGCAAACAAGGAGCCGUAUGGAGCCGAAUGCCGUGUCAUCUGAAUGAUUGGGAGCUGCAGGUUCAUUUUAAGAUUCACGGUCAAGGAAAGAAGAAUCUGAACGGUGACGGUUUGGCCGUGUGGUACACAAAGGAACGAAUGCAGAACGGUCCUGUGUUUGGAAACAGAGAUUUCUUCACAGGACUCGGCGUGUUCGUGGACACGUACCCUAAUGAAGAGAAACUUCUGGAAGCUCAGAAGAAGAGAUACACCCCUCGCACAGAGAGAAUAUUUCCGUACGUGUUGGCUAUGGUUGCCAAUGGCACGAUCAGCUACGAUCACGAUCGAGACGGUCGGCCCACAGAACUGGGUGGCUGUAACGCCAUGGUGCGCAACCGGAAGCAUGACACCUUCAUCUUCAUCAGAUACGUCCGCCGCAGACUCACGGUCAUGAUUGAUAUUGACGGUCAGCAUGAAUGGAGAGAUUGUCUGGAUAUUCCAGGUGUGCGACUGCCACAGGGCUUUUACUUUGGAGCAUCAGCCAUCACUGGAGAUCUGUCCGAUAACCACGACCUGAUCUCUAUGAAGCUUUACCAGCUGACCGUCCUGCGCAGUAAACAAGAGGAGGAGCAGGAAGAGGAAAUCUUGAUACCCAGUGUGGACAACACAGACUUCUACAGACCAUACACAGAUGUGGAGAGCGUCGGCAGUGUUGGCAUCUUCUUCACCGUUCUCUUCUCCAUGUUGGGUUUGUUUCUGCUGGUGGUGGUGGGACUUGUGGUUUACAGCCACUGGAAUGAAAACAGACGAAAGCGAUUCUACUGACUCAACACAGAGAUGUCCUGAAGCAAGAGUUGUGACUGCACGGCUGUUCCUUCAUCAUUUCUAAACACAAGCAGAAGUGUUUUUUUAUAAAUCCAGAUCGGCUGCUCAACACGAGGCUUCAGUAAAAGAGAUGACGAUUGUACAAUAUCAACUGUGUCUGUUUCACAUUUCAGUUAUGUAUCACCUUUUAUGAGCCUUAAUAUCCUUUAGUGGAUGCUAUAAUGUCCUGUUUCUCAGGUGUAUGUAUGUAUUUAUUUAUUUAUUGUUUUUGCUGCCUUGAAAUGAACAAUGGAAAAUCAGUGUAAAUCUCUGUAGCGCAGAAGUUCCUUCUUUUGCAAAGUUGAUUGUAAAAGCGUUUAUAACGGGAGACUUGACGACUUUAAAUCUUUACAGCCCCGUCCUGGAUAAAGGUCAUCUUUGUGCCUGAAGAAGAUGAGCUCAUUCUCUGUCAGUAGAAGUCAAGAUUCCACUGCUGAUGGUGUCACAUAAUAAACUGUCUGUCUGGUAAUCUUUUGA